AAAAACCAAAAUUGUUGCAUUGUUUGUGAUAAUUGGUCCACCAUGGAUCGGAAUAAACCGGGCCAGAGCCAAGCCACUCGUGGCCCCAAGGCCAAAAUAACGCAACAACCCCCUGACUUGUUCAUCGCUUUGGGGGCCAAACAAUCCUCCCCUCGAGAUGACCCCAAACGUAGCGUUCCGCUCCCUAAAACCAGCACUGCCUCCCAUUUACAAACAAGUAGCAGUAAAGUGACGGAUAAAUUGAAGCGUGAAGGGACUUCGUCUAGUCUUACAGUGCCCCCUUCGAAGAAAAUGAAAGUUGCGAUACCGGGAAGCCGGCCAGGGCCCUCCACUAGCAGCAUACUACCUGUGGAGAGGAUGGGGGUUGAGCCGUGGGAAGCCCUGGCUGUGGACUGUGAGACAAGCGAUUUGUUCGAGAGUAUUAUGGCGGCUGUUAAUGCCGGCAAUACUGAUAAAGCUGUUGGGUAUGUUUUGGGGGUCAUUCGCUCGUUGAAGACUCAAAGGACUAAGAUUUGUAAAGUGGUUUAUCUGAGUCUUUUACUGACUUGCAGCUGCAAACCCCAGUUAUUCACUAAUGAGAAUAUCAUAGCGGCUAUUGUGAAUGUUCUGCGGCGUGAUGUAACUUCCGGUUUUAAGGGCGUUAACAAAACAAAUUCUUACUUCCACAUGCUGUUUAUUAAUUUAUUAACUCACGCCUUCACCGAUGUCGCCCAAUGGCCGGAAAUUUUCGUCAAAAUUUAUGUGGAGGACGCGGUGGCCGAUCGCAUUUUUAUCGACAAUCCGUACUGUAAACCAUUCGUUGAUAACAUAAUCACGGCGUUUAACACCAAAUUGCCCCCUUCCUCGCUCCUCAAAUCCGAGACAUGGAAUUCCACGGCUAGAGACACUUCUAGCCCCCUCACAAUCACAAGCGCUGACGACGACACCAAAAGCGAAGUGAUUCUCGAGCAUAAAGCCGCAGUUGAAAACUGGAACGUCAAAGUGUAUCCCCGGUUCACCCAAACGCAGGAAAACGUCGAAAAAAUCGUCCUUGAAGCCAUCAAGGAACAACUAGCAAGGCGCCAACAACCGGAAACCAUCACGAAAAACUUCGUCCGCUUCUUGAGUAUCGCUUCAGGACUUGUGGAAAUUCGCAUAAUUGCCGUUUCGCGCAUCGAGAGUUGGCUACACAACCAUAAGUUGAUGAAAUCAGCGCAGGAACUCCUCGCCUAUUUGUGCUACAAUUGCUCGGCGAGUUCGCAAAGAGACUUGGAAAUAAUAGCGCAGCUGAGCAAGCUCAGACUGAAGAACAAACCCAUGGUUAACUACUUCAACAACUGUCUCCGGGAGAUGGUUUACUCGUUCCCGGAGAACUUGUACCCCCUUUUGAAAUACACGAUUUACAACGAACUGUCCAAUGCCCGAAAUUCCAACAAUUUAAUCGUCGUGGGGGCCCUGUUUCAGGUCGCACCUGAGGCAAGUGCCGACGCUUUCGCCGACAUUUGCCUGGAGUUGCUCCUAAACAAAGACGAUUAUUUGCGUUCGCUGCGGGCGCUUUUGAAAGAAAUCACCCGAGUCCUCCGGCACGAUUUCAACUUGUUAAGCAUCGUGCAUUCGCUCGUUCGCGAGCGCAAAGAGUUUGCGAAUAACGUGCGCGAGUCGGAAUUUCGCGAGCGAAUUUUUCUAUCACUGGCCGACCUGGUCUGCAUGUGUAUGCUGCUGUGCGUCAGCCCUCAGGUCCGCGACGCCUCAACGCAAAACAAACGCGACGUCACGGUCCUGAAAGCCUUCCAGAAACAAGUCAGUAACAUACAGCGGGAGGCAGUGACUUGGCUCAACGACUCCGCGCUAAGGGUUUUCCGGCCAAGUCUCAACGACUUCCACCACGUUCUACUCAAAGUCUUGUUCCUCGAACAAGCGGAGCAUUACUACAAGGUCGACUCGUGGCCUGGCGAAAACGAGAGGAACUUGUUUUUGAGGCUUACGAGUGAGGUUCCCUUGCUUCAGGCGACUCUUUUGAGGAUUUUGCUGAUCGGGAACUCGAAAGAACACCCGAUUAGUCCCACGGAAGCGAUUGAAAUUAGCGAUCAGUUGAUUAGAAGGGCGGCGAAUUUGCCCCAAGACUGCGCCCCGCCCUUGGUCGUUGAUAAUUUGGAGAUAAUCGGGAUUUAUUUCAACUUGUGCAGCUAUAAUUAUCCGGAGAAUAUCACGCUGCCGGCGGGGUAUGUGCCCCCCAGUUUGGCCAUUUCUGGGCUCUAUUGGAAAGUUUGGCUCAUUUUGCUGAUCAUAGCGGCUCAUAAUCCGGUCACUUUUGGGAACGAGGUCUGGAACAAAUACCCAACGUUGCGCAUGUUCAUGGAAAUGUGCAUAACAAAUCACUUUUCGUUUCCCCCGCCCACCAUGACCUCCCUGGACGAAGACUACCAGUCCCGCGAGCAGCAAAUCCUCGCCCUUGAGAAGCAAAAAAUCCUGGAAUUUGAAUCACACCUCGCGGCCGCGAGCACUAAAAUGGAAAUCACCGAACAGAGCAGUCUCCUAUUGCCCCAAUUAAUGGAGUUGCGGCCUGAGGGCGAAGCCCGAAGGCCCCCCCAAGCCGUCCUCGACCAGCUCCAACACUUGAACAACACGCAUCGCAUGGGACAUUUAUUGUGCCGCUCGCGGAACCCCGAUUUUCUAUUGGACAUUAUGUCGCGGCAAGGGGGCACCGCGCAUAUGCCGUGGCUGGCCGAGCUGGUGCACAAUUCGGAGGGGGCGUUGGCCCACCUGCCUGUGCAAUGUCUGUGCGAGUAUCUCCUGUCGACGACACCGACGGAGAAAUUGACGAAACAUGGCCAGCUUUUGGCGCAUUUGCGGACGGUGGUUAAUGAGAAUGAUCCGCAGACUGCCUGUGAGGUUUUGGAGUAUUUGUUCAGGCGGUUGACGUCCGAUCAUGGGGCGAGUCGGACGCAGGCCACCAAAGGCUUGAAUUUGAUUUUGGCCGAAGGGGAGGAAAGCGAGACGAAUAAUACGAACUGGUUGACGAGUUACAUAACACAUUUUCCACACUUUACGAUGAUUAAACCAGUGCUUAUACAGUUUUUGCGGCAAGCCUUGCAAAUUGAGACAAAUCCGGCGCGGGUUUCGAGUUAUAUCAAUUUUUUGGCAACGCAGGAUUGUAACGAUUCGUUUACGGAACUGCACGAAUUAAUCGCCGAUUUAUCGUCGGUUAUUAUCGAGAGACACAGCGUGGCUUCGUACGUGUUGCCAGGGCCGGACAACCAAACUUUGAAGCACCUUUUGACCAUUUUUGCGAGUCAUAUUCAGAAAGCGCAGGAAUUCUCGGAGGAUAUUUACAGUUCGGUGCAAAACUACAGCGAGUAUGUUUUGGUGACUUGGGUGACUGGGGAACAAUGCCACAUGCAGACUUUAGUAAUACACGCAGCUAUUGUGUUACUGACUUACGGUCCUUUGGAGAAUUUUGAGCCGUUCGAGACUUUGUUAAAUUUUUGGUUUCCGGCGAACGCCGAACAACCACAAGCCUACACACCUGAUACAAACGAACGAACGUCGUAUCUCCCUGAUUGGAUGAAACUGCGGAUGAUUCGGUCAAACGUCCCACGAUUGGUUGACGCAGCCAUUGAAAAAUUAGAGCCGCCAAAGUUGGUCCUUUUUAUACAAUCGUUCGGAAUACCGACAAAUUCCAUCAGUAAAUUGCUGAGUACUUUGGACAAAGCCACACUUUUGGACCCGAAACUGGUCGUGGACUCAGUUUUGGACAAAACUUACAUGAUUCAAUUGGUGGAAGUCCAAAACAAAAGAGGCGCAGUGGGUGGUGACACCUUUGUCAAGGCUAUCGAGAUGCAAAUGCCCGUUGUACAAGACAUUGAUGUUAAAAUCGAAAUCGAGAGUAAAAAACAAUUACCCAACUUAGUAAAAACCCAACAGAUUGUCACAAAUAGCGGCGAUAUUAUCAAUUUGUUGAAUAAUAUUUUUAGCCCAAACUAUGGCGGUUCGAAAGAUCGGGACAUUGUCACUGUGACCAAGAUGGCGUUUGAGAAACAAUCACUGGACGUUAUUUUCAAUUAUUUGAAAUCACUACCGAUGAAUUUCAUAGCACCUGUGCUCCAUAAACACAAUUCGAUUUCAACGCUUUUCCGCCUGUUAUUUUCGUCAAAAGACCACCUCAUUGACAAAAUAACCAUGGCUACGGUUUUCCUCAACCACAUGACAGACGUUCACAAUAUUACUUAUUCGGUUUUGAGGCAAUUCUUAAACGAAAACGACCAAAAAGUCAAAACUGAAGAACAAGGCGAACGGAAAUUGGUAAGUAUGAUAUCGGAGGCGAAAACACAGGAAGAAAAAACUGACAUGAUGGUUGACUGGUUAUCAACAAUCCAACUGGAAGUGGCUUACUCGCAAAAACAAUUGAAAGAAGAUUUGUUGUUUUCGCGCGACAACUUGCCGUUUAGGCCGCUUCUUAUGUCGCUGGUUUUGCAAAGGGCGAGUUGGCAGAGCCUCCACGUGAUAAUGAAUUAUUUGCUAAAAGAGGACAAUUCGGACAUUUGCCCUGUUUCCGCCCUUGAUUUCCUCUGUGCCCUCACCCAGAGCCCGAAGCUGUGGCAGGGGCGCGAUAAAGCCAUUCCCAAACACCACCAUUCGGAGGACGUUUUUGAUUUGGGCAAAGACAAGGCCCUGAUCCUUGUCGGUUAUAUUUUGGAGGAAAGCAAGCAAAACCAGGCAAACUGGUCGAAGAAAAUGGAAUCGCGGCUCGUCCUCUUACUGCAGUGUAUCCGAAACUGCGCCCCGGAGAUUUUGGGGACACUUUUGGAGAAGUCCGACUGUGAUACGCACUGUCGGGAGCUUCUCUUGAUGAUUUACAUGUCGCUGCCGUAUUCCGGUCAAGAUUUGAUCAAUAGCAAAGAUAACAUUUCGAAGCAGGCGUAUGCGAAAAAUUGUACGAGUUCAGCCGAUGAAAUCUCGCAUUGUUUGUUGAGUGCGUUAGCAGCGACUCCGAGGAGUAAGGACUGGCCCCGGAAGAGCCAGGAUUUGGAGCUUUGUGCCCGGAAAUUGGCAGCGACACAUCCGGUUUUGGUCCUGCGACAACUCCCGAUGUUGGCCGGGAGUUUGAAAGGAAGGGCACAGUAUGACUGGGGUGUUUUGAAAAAUAGAGGACACUUGUUGCUGUUCGGACAAGUUUUGGGGCUUUUAGAACUGUUGGAGCCGAUAGUUUUCGAGCAAAGUCGCACCUUGUGUGACAUUCUAGAUUCCUAUUUUCUCCUGUUACAAUAUCACGGGCAUAUGAAAGAUUUGUCGGUUCUCGUGCAAAGAAUUAUCACUUUUAUACAAAACUGGAUGACUAAUGACAUCAAGGCGGCGUCCCGCUAUUUGCAAGAGCAUGGCUCAGUUUUACUUGAUAUUCAGAUGAUUCAACCAGGGGUGCGCCCCCUUCUCUCCAACGUGACUCUCCCGGUGGGGGAUUCCAGCACUCCCCCCGAGCUACUCGUCCGUACUGCCAUGUCCCCCAUGAUGGACCCCUUGCCCCCACAUUGGUCCCAACUCCUCACAGCUAUCCAGACUUCGGAGAAUCUCAACAUUUUGCAAGAACUGGACCACAUAACAAACAAGAAACCGCAUUUGCUCGAGACACCGUCUCAACACUUGUACAAUUAUAUUAGUUCGUCUAGUGGGGCAGUGCGGUCGUUGGCUUUGACACUAAUAGUGCGGUGGUUAAAAUUUAAUCCGAACGCAGCAUCAGAUGCACUUCCAGUGAUCUUAACUUGUCUGGAUAGUAGAAAUGGUGACGUGGUCGCGAGUGUUUUGGACCGACUUUCGGACCUGGUUUCAGUUAUGCAGGAGUAUGGCAAGGUUAUUCUGACCAGGGUUUUUCAAUUAGGAAUGGAAUCGACGCUAAAUACGACCAGUAACAUUACCAAAAGUAUUGAUUUGUUGAAUUUGCAAUCGGGAUGUUAAGUAGGUCUGAUUUAUUUUAUUAAAUAUAAAAAUUAAAUAUCCAA